GUCUAGUCCAAAGAAGACCUGGGGCCGGUAACGCCGCGGGUGGCAGAAACACUCCUACGGUUGAUAAGCAGGCACAUAUCACGUCUUUCGAUAUGUGAAUUGUGUUUUCUAUCCCAAGACUUGUCCAAGGCGUGUUUCUACGACCUUCACCAUGGGUCUUGCCUCGCCCACCACAGCCGGUCUUACGGUUCUUUUUGGCGUGAUUGUCUUUUACAGUCUUAGCUACCUCCGAUCGAAGAAUGAGAAACCCCUCCCUCCAGGCCCGAAGGGCAUUGCACUCCUUGGAAAUGUCAGCGACAUGCCCCCGCCUGGCACGCUUGAGUGCCACCAUUGGUUAAAGCACAAGGACAUAUAUGGCCCGAUCAGUUCAGUUACUAUCCUGGGUACAACUUUCGUCAUCAUCAACGAUGCGCAAAUGGCAUUUGAGCUCUUGAGCAAUCGGUCUGCUACUCAUUCGUCACGCCCGCACCAGGUCUUCAGCUGCGAUAUGGUUGGAUGGAACAACUCGCUUGCCAUGAGUCCUUAUGCGGAUAGUUUCAAGAUGCACCGCAAGAACAUUGCAAAGGUUGCUAGCAGCAAUGUUGCUCUCUCAGUAUUUGAUCGUAUUCAAGAGGUUGAGGCCGCUCACUUCCUGCUUAACAUGCUCGAGUCCCCUGAAGCUCUCUUUGAUCACAUUCGCAUGGAGGCAGGUGCUGUCAUUCUGAAAAUCGCCUACGGAUACACAACCAAGCGUGGCACAGACCCAUUGGUCGAUAUGGCCGGAAAGACGAUGGAAGAGUUCGCUGAAUGCACCGUACCUGGAAGAUUCAUGGUGGAUCUUAUGCCUUUCUUGAAAUACGUACCAGAAUGGUGCCCUGGCACUGGCUUCAAGGCCAAGGCUCGUAAGAUGGCUGCCCAACUAGAGCGAACCAGCAACCAGCCCUACCAAUUCGUUAAGAAACAGAUGCGAGAGAACACACACAAGACGUCAUUUUUGUCUCAAGCAAUUGAAAAGAUCGGCAUGGAUAAAGAGUUAGAGUUCAUUCACAAGUGGUCAGCGGCUUCGCUAUACUUGGGCGGCGCUGACACGACAGUUUCGUCCCUGAUGACCUUUUUCUUGGCGAUGACUGUGUGUCCAGAAGUACAAGUGAAGGCUCAAGAGGAGCUCGAUCGUGUUGUUGGACGCGGCCGCCUACCUGUCCGUUCCGAUCUCGAAAACCUUCCCUACAUUGUGGCGAUUAUGAAAGAAACUCACCGCUGGCACCCUGUGGCCCCUAUGGGCCUGCCUCACUGCAGCACCGCGGAGGACGUCUUCGAAGGAUACCGGAUUCCAAAGGGCUCGCUCGUGAUUGCAAACAUCUGGUGGUUUACACAUGACCCGGCGGUCUAUGCUGACCCUAUGGUCUUCCGCCCUGAACGUCAUCUUGAUACUCCUACCCACAAGGCCGAGCCCGACCCGCGUAACUGGAUCUUUGGUUUUGGGCGUCGUGUCUGCCCUGGCAGAUAUGUAGCAGACAACGCACUGUUCAUCACGAUUGCGCAAACACUGGCAGUCUUCAAUAUCGAGAAAUUCAGCGAGAAUGGAAAGGUAGUGGAGCCAGAGGUCAAGUUCGAGCCUGGCAUUGUCAGUCACCCCAAGCCAUACCGGGCAAUUGUCAAGCCGAGGUCUGCGGAGCAUGCAGAGUUGAUCAAGAAGGCGGAGCAAGACUUUCCAUGGGAAGAGAGCGACGCGAAAGAGUUGGAGAAGGCCACAGUUUAAGCAAGCGUAAAGUAGUACCCAAUAACAACGCGUUCUUUAGCGGUCAAAGCAGUCAUUUGGUAUGAUUCGUCACUUGUGGUGCUGAAGAGAUAUCCACCUGCAUCGAGAGAAUUGGGACUAAGAGCAAGUUGUCAUCAAAUCAGACCCAGAGACUCGUUUCACUUUGCAGAGCCUCUACCUCUGUCAAGUUUUGUCGAACUCUCUCAAUCAGCUUCGAUGAUCUUAGCUUACUUUAAGGCAUCCCACCAGCCACCUUCCUCCUUUGUCGUGUCGGUCCGAUAAGAAGUAUAGUUACCAAUACACAACAACCAAAUAGCC